UAAGAAAAAAGAAAAAAAGUGAAUCCUAUUCCUUGAUUUGCCAUGCAGGCUUUUCGACAUUUUCAACAUUCAGGGAUAAAACCCUUGAACGCUCUGUUUCUGAAAAAGCAGAGACCUUUCAUAUCAAUGGAGGAAAGGGGUGAAUCCUCUGCUUCUGCUUCUGCCAUUCCCUCUGAUCAAAUCUGGGCCAAGCUUGUUCCGUCAGACUCGAGAUAUUCAGAUAUUGUGAUAUGGUCAGACGUGACAGGAAUAUGUUCAGAGAUAUCAGCUACUCCAAGUGUCAAACGUUGCUGGUGCAAAAUAGCAAGGAAUUCUGAUCUGUGUUCUGCCACAAUGGAAAACACGAGUCCAAAUACAAUACUUGUUGAUGGGGCUGUGGUAUGCAAUGAUGAAACCAUUGCUAUCAAGGAUGGAAGUGAAAUUAUCUCAGGCUCUGAUAAAGGAUAUGUCAGCUACAGAUUUCAUAUCAUGUCUAGCCCAGAAACUUGCCAGAGGGAACUAAAGAUAUGUGUGGAUGUUGAGAAUACAAAGUGUAGCAUUUGCUUAAACAUAUGGCACGAUGUUGUUACUACUGGUCCUUGCCUUCAUAAUUUUUGCAAUGGUUGCUUCUCAGAGUGGUCAAGGAGAUCACAGGCAAAAUGUUCAAUUGUACUUUGUCCUCAAUGCAGAGCUGUUGUUCAAUUCGUUAAAAGAAACCCUUUUCUGCGUACCAUUGCUGAGGAUAUUGUAAGAGCUGAUUCUUCGCUAAGACGCUCAGAUGAAGAAAUUGCACUUUUAGAUACUCAUGCAUCAGUACAUACAAAUUUUGCAGAAGGAGUUCCAGGAGCUGAACCUCUGAGUGAGUAUAGAGUGGAGUAUGAUUCAGAGGAGGAGACUGAUUCAGACGAUCAGGAUGAUGAUGAUGAUGAGGAGGAAACUGAUUCAUUUGAUCAGGGUGAUGAGGAGGAGACUGAUUCUUCGCUAAGUCACUCAGAUGAAGAAAUUGCACUUUUAGAUACUCAUGCAUCAGUAAGAACAAACCUUGCAGAAGGAGUUCCAGUAGCUCAGCCAGCAGAGGAGCAACCAAUCCCACCACCACCUACCACUUCCAUGUCCCAGCUGCUACAGGAGCUACAGAAGUUAAGGGCUAAUUCUGAUCAUACGUGUCUGCAGCAGGCCGCCAUCUACAGGGCCUCAUGUGCUAUUUAUGAGUGUCACUACAGGUCAUCUCUGCAGCAAGGGAGCCCAUCUCCCUAUUGUUGGCCUACACCAGAGGAUUUUGCUGCACGUGUUGCAUGGCCUGGGGACAGGCCAACAUUUGAGGAGGGGGUGAGCAGCCAUGGAGCUGGACCUGUGCAUAGGGACCAGGCCAAAGGAUCUGGAGGAGAUGAGGAGGAGGAGACUCAUUCAGAGGAUCAGGACAAUGAGAAGGAGGAGACUGAUUCAGAGGAUUAGGGCGAUGAGGAGGAGGAGGAGACUCAUUCAGAGAGACAGCCGCCAUUACUUAUUUAAUUUUUCCUUGUUUCAGUUUCAGCAAUUGUUAUCUUUAUUGUUUUUAGCUUUUUGGAUGUCUUGGGGAGCAUGUUUUGAGCUCCAACUUUUAUUUCAGCUUUGUACUGACAUUGUGUGACUGGUUUUUCGCCUGAUUUCGUUUUAAGCACUAUUUUUUUUAGCUCU